UUAUAAUUUGUUAUAAAGUGUAGUGUUGCGUCGAUAAAAUAAUAACGAUGAUAUAAAAAUAGGAAUCGCGCGGGGGAGAGUUUAAAAAAGUUGAAUCAUAGCAUACUAGAUGGCGUAAGGAACACUGAUCGAGGUCGGUAUGUUAAAAUAUAUACGAUAGAAAGUUCCGUAAGAUGUCACUACUCAUCUGUUCUUGAUCAGUGUAACAGAUUUCUAUUGUAACAAUAUUGAUAUCGAGAUGGUGGAAAAUUAACUCCAAUGGACUGUGCACCAAAAAUUGUACAUCGAUACAAGUUUUCAUGAAUUAUUGGUUUAAUAUCUUGUAACCACGAUCAAUGACUGGAAUACUAUUCGUGACUAUGCAUUCUCCGAAGGCUGUCUAUCCGAAUACAAACGACCAAGGUCAUGAAUCUACGAUAUUUCUUCUUACAAAUCUGCAGCCUCGUUAAAAAGUAUCGUAACACGCACGAAUCUACUACCAAUCGCCCUACUCUCCGACCAAAAUAAUCGAUAAGAGGUUCUAGAAACUGGUUGAUGCAUCGACCUUUUUUGCCGAAAGAGAAGAAAAAAACCUUAUCGCUUACACGAUACGCAAAAAGACCACUGUAAGAAUAUCUCUUAUACUAUAUAUAUAUAUAUAUAUAUACCACGUGAGUACAAAAUACUUAUGUAUCAUAAUAACAAAGAAAAAUCAAAACUUCCAUUUCAUUUUUCAACGUGGGUUUGAAAAAUCAUCGUAUCAUCCACACGGUUCCCUCCAGAGGGCAGAAGUUACGCGGCCUAAUAUUAUAUUUCGGUAGAGACCCUACCGGAGAGCGGUGGAAAUAACUGUCACAGAAGACAAUUUAUGUUAAUGACUGUUCCUGGGUUCGAGAAGAGGCGCGAGGCCGGUCCAGUCUGCAGGCCUCCGUGGAGCGGAUCGGACAUCGCCGCUGCCGUCGCUCUCUCGCACGUCGGAUUUUUCCCCCCCCUCCAACGUCGAGGCAACCCCUCUUCGAUUCCCCUCUUCGUUUCAACCCCGCAAUGGUGACGCCCAACGUCGAUCCGGUUGUCCGCCACGCAAACUCGCGGGAUCCACGACCCAUGGCGCUUGUGCGUGACCCGUUUUAUCGUCGGAAAAUGCGCCGUGCCUACUUCGUGUCGAGAUUCAGAAUGUCGUUCGUGAUAUUAGUGACCAAGAAUAAUAGUCGAAGUGACUUGUACUUGAAAUAGACUCUUGUUGAAUUCUUCCUUCGUUCUUCUUUCGAAUUGUAAGUGUGUAAAAAAGAAUAAGGGGGGGAGGAGGAGAAAAGGGGACGAUGUGACACGAUGUUUGAGGGGGGGAGGGUGUCCUUCCUAUACACCGAUCCUGAGAACGUUAAAAUGGAUCCCUUCGGAUGGACGAGGAAGUGGAUGAGUUUUUGAUCGAGGGAUCGCAUAAAAUGGUGCUGCCGCCUGUGACGACGAUGCCCGCGGCUCGAGGGGAGAGAACAGAGGGAGACGACGGUGGGUUUGGAUGGUUGCUCGGCGAACGAGGGGAGAAGGAAGAGGGAGAGACAGAGAAAGAGAGAGAGAGGAGAUAGAGAUGGAGAUGUGCCGGCUGGCGAGCAGAUGGUUGCGCCGUUUAUUGGUUUAUUCGUCGGUUCAGCCAUCACGUCUCGUCCACCAGCCUGCGUUCCUCUUUUCUGCUCCUCGAAUCAUCCGAAGAUCGAUUGGAGAGGAAACGUGGCCAAACGUGCAAUCUUCCUUGCGGCGAAUGCAAUGUCUCUCUCCUUCGACUCGAAAGGGAAUUUUUUCGAGGAGGAAGGGAAAAAAUUUAUUCGGAUAUCCUUUGGAGAACGCUCUCUCGGAGAAACUGUUCGCCUUCUUCGCCCACCAGAUUCCGCCACCAGUUACGCGCCAUUCGCCGCCCACGCGACUCCGAUCCGCGUAUUCUCCUCCUAGUACAUUCUUUUGGAUUUCGGUUGGAUUACACCAUGUGUCCAUGGUUGGUGUGCAAGUUACGUUGGGCGAGGAAAAUUUCGUAGUCGCAAGUAUCCUCAAUAUCGAUAAUUACGCGAGAUAG